GAAGGUCAAUACUGUGCGCAUGUGCAAGCUUCUUGAUAUGACGCAGAUAUCAUGCGACCUCUCCUGAUCGGUCAGGUGUUUCCAUGGAAACGUCAACACGCUCGAGUCGGCGUCAUGGAGUUCACAGGCAGCAGUUACAGUGGAAGUUAUAAAAAUGGCAGGAUGGAGGGUAGAGGAGAGUACACACUGCCCACACACACCAGAUAUGUAGGAGAGAUGAAUGACGGCAUGUUUCAUGGAAAAGGAGUCUUGCACUUUGUUAAUGGAGGGAAAUAUGAUGGAAUCUGGGAAAAAGGGAUAUGCAAACAGGGUCAGUACACGUUCUCUGAUGGACUGGAAUAUGAAGAGACAGACUGGGAUUACUGUGACGGUUAUGAUCGACGUUUCUACACUGAGAGAUGUUAUGGACUCAAACCUGCAGGAGAAUCUCAGUUGACUAACGCCGACCCUCCUCCCGUCAUCCCUGACGGAUGCUACGACUGUGGAGACGGAUUCUACGAUCCCAACACCAGAGUCGUCACAGAUUACGCAGGCCGCUUUCUCAGGAAUGCAGAUGAUUGCGAGCACGAGUGGAUCACACAGACCUGCCGGAAAGGCUGGGAUGAGUUUGUGGGAUGUGAACCUGCGAACAGUACAAUGGAGAAGAUUGCAGGUCCAUGUGGUACAAAAUGAAAUCCUAGUCAAUUGGAAUCAGCAGAAGUUAAUUUAUUAAUAAGCCGCAUAAUAAUAAUAAUAAUAAUAAUAAUAAUAAUAAUAAUAAUAAUAAUAAUAAUAAUAAUAAUCUGAAAAUGAAACCAGAAAGCAAUAAAAUAAUGUAUUCAAAUAGUGUGAUUUUUUUUUCUUUUUCGUUUAAUAGAUUAUUUUAUUACAAAAGUAUAACUUUUAGUCGCUUGAGGUUUGUGUGUCAGUCAUCAGACAAAAACGGUGGAUAUGUUGGAGUGAAAAAAAGAAACCGAAAAGAUCAGAAGUGGCUUUGAAGGAUAGUUUGUGUUUUGUUCAGACCGAUUUCUAUAAAAUUUCUAACCGAUCGUAUUUUUGUGUAAAGCUGCAGUUUAAUGAACUUAAUGCAUAAUAAAUGCUUCGGUUUAA